AUCAGAUUUUUGCUCGUUUGUUUGUUUGUUAAGUGUGAUUUGUUGAUUUCAAUUUUUUGACAAAAAUUUAACUUAAUCGUCAGCAUAUACGUAAAGUCUGUAAUGAAAACUGGUUCCUUUGAACCCAACAAUCCAGAGUACUGAUCUGACACGUGCAGUAUGUCUGUGUACACAGUACUGUGAGUAUACAGUGUUCAGUGGUUCCGCAGUAGUACUAACUGCAGCCACAGAGGAUUCUUCAAGAGUUUUGCCUUAAGUUAGAAAAUACUUCCACGCAUCAUAUAUUUAUGACUGACUCUGAGGGGAGUCUGCUUUCUGUGAUUCUUAUUUCCCUCUGCUCCUCAGAACGCCGGCUGAAUCUAAGUGUCGCGCCGUGUGAAGCUGAUUUGAUUUUUUUUAUUUUUUUUUUUUAUUUUCCCAGACACGAGUUUACAGAAACGCAGAUUAAAGAGUUUAAAACAACAUCUUAAUAAAACAUCGAGUAACGCAGAGAAAAUGACAAGUGAAUUUCAAUGAUGUACUUUUUGCUCUGCAGGUCAGCAAGUACUGGGGCUGGUGGAGAACCAGAGCGACUGGUACCUGGGGAACCUGUGGAAGAACCAUCGACCCUGGCCGGCUCUUGGCCGAGGCUUUAACACCGGGGUAAUUCUGCUGCUGCUGGAUCGUUUGCGAAAGCUCAGAUGGGAGCAAAUGUGGAGGUUGACUGCGGAGAGGGAACUAAUGAGCAUGCUGUCCACCUCGCUGGCAGACCAGGACAUCUUCAACGCCGUGAUCAAACAGAACCCGUUCCUGGUCCACCAGCUGCCGUGCUUCUGGAACGUCCAGCUGUCCGACCACACGCGCUCAGAGAAGUGCUACAAAGACGUGUCAGACCUGAAGGUGAUCCACUGGAACUCUCCAAAGAAGCUGCGAGUGAAGAACAAACACGUCGAAUUUUUUCGGAACCUCUACCUGACGUUCCUAGAGUACGACGGCAACCUGCUGCGACGGGAACUCUUCGGUUGUCCAAGCGAGGCGGACCACAACAGCGAGAACCUCCAGAAGACUCUGUCAGAGCUGGACGAGGACGACCCCUGCUACGAGUUUCGCCGCGAGCGCUUCACCGUCCACAGGACGCACCUGUACUUCCUCCACUACGAGUACGAAGCCAGCGUGGACAACACCGACGUCACCCUGGUGGCCCAGCUCUCCAUGGACAGACUUCAGAUGCUGGAGGCCAUCUGUAAACACUGGGAGGGGCCGAUCAGCCUGGCGCUCUACCUGUCCGACGCCGAGGCCCAGCAAUUCCUGCGCUACGCUCAGGGCUCGGAGGUCCUGAUGAGCCGCGGGAACGUGGGUUACCACAUCGUCUACAAGGAGGGGCAGUUCUAUCCCGUCAACCUGCUGCGCAACGUGGCCAUGCGGCAGGUCAACACGCCCUACAUGUUCCUGUCCGACAUCGACUUCCUGCCCAUGUACGGCCUCUACGAGUAUCUUAGAAAGUCGGUGGUGCAGCUGGACAUGGCCAACACCAAGAAAGCUCUGGUGGUUCCUGCCUUCGAGACGCUGCGGUACCGACUGUCUUAUCCAAAGUCCAAGGCGGAGCUGCUGUCCCAGCUGGACAUGGGGUCGCUCUUCUCCUUCAGGUAUCAUGUGUGGACCAAAGGCCACGCCCCCACCAACUUUGCCAAAUGGCGGACGGCGACCACGCCCUACAGGGUGCAGUGGGAGGCGGACUUCGAACCCUACGUCAUGGUGCGGCGGGACAGUCCCGAGUACGACCGCCGCUUCGUGGGCUUUGGCUGGAACAAAGUGGCCCACAUCAUGGAGUUGGACGCACAGUUGCCGGCCGAAUUGGAUGAUUCGGUGGGUCAGAUUUGGCCCACGGGCCACCAGUUGAUUAUCACUGCCUUGCAGCAGCAAGGACAACACCACUUAGGUCCUUCUCUGUGGGAGAGGGAGUACGAGUUCGUGGUUCUGCCCAACGCCUUCAUGAUCCACAUGCCGCACGCGCCCAGCUUCGACAUCACCAAGUUCCGGUCCAACAAGCAGUACCGGGUCUGCCUGAAGACUCUGAAGGAGGAGUUCCAGCAGAACAUGUCGCGGCGCUACGGCUUCGCCGCCUUAAAGUACAUGACGGCCGACAACAACAGCUAGCAAACGCUGCACCUCCUCCCCGACGGGGACGUGAACCUCGGUGCCGGGGGGGCAGGGAGGUUUUGGGUUAGGGGAACACGGACGGGCUGAAGGACGCAAACCGACAGUGAGGGACUGCCGCGGCGCAGCCAGCUGGACCGGGGUCGCGACCCGUUGACCCCUGAGCUCCUGAUGUGGAGUGUUUGAAAUAACGGGCGAAGGACGGGAGACUUUGAACGCCUCGCCUUCUCUGUCAGAGCGUUGACAAGUGUCGUUGAGCAACGUGUAACUUUGUGUGUGUGUGUGUGUGUGUGCGUGUGUGUGUGUGUGUGCGUGUGUGUGUGUGUGGGUGUGGGUGUGCCUGCGGCCGGAGCCGGUCCUGCAGCGGUCGAACGAGAGGCGACGUCAGCUUAACAUUCUGUUUGCACACUGCACAGCCGAACGCCUUCCAAGUCCCGUCUGAUCGACGGCUCCGUCGACUCACACGCAAACGUCGUCUGAGGCCGAGCGGACGAGACGGAGCGGCUUUCUGACGACUGGCGUGCACUCAGACUGCCAGCGGAGGCGCCGUUCUGCCAACCAUCUGCUGCCGUUUCAUCUCCUCACCCGGAGCCAUCAGAAUAAAUCCUUCUCUUUGUACAAGCAGGGCAGAUCAGUAGGGGGACGACUGGAGGUUGUCCAGGAGGGGGCGGACUUUCAGGGUCCAUGACCCGCGGGUUUGUCGUCAUUGACAAAAAUCUGACAGCAGCUGGUACAGCAGUUCUAUUUUCUUCUUCUGUUUUUUUUUUUUCAGAUUUAUUCAAGUUCAUUCUAUACACACACACACACACACACACACACACGUGUGUCUUAACAGGAAAUGACUCGGGAAACACGAUAUCAUGUUUCGCUAAAAGUCAGUGGCCGAUAGCUGUACGAUAACCAAUUAAUUUUUUAAAAUAUUGACCUUUUUAUGACCUUUGGAAUCUUCACACUGGGAUGCAGAUUAAAGUUCCCAGAGGAACCACAUAUCCCUAUCGGCGCCCCCAUGUGGCAGCCUGUGAGUUGCAACCAUGUACUAAAUAGUGCCUCGUGUGGCCGUGUGUGUUGGUUGCAAAAACUCACAAUUUAAAUUUCCUCAUUGUGCGACGAAUAUUAUUAUUGUUAUUGUUGCAGACAUUUCAAUCAAACAAAAGCAGGAAGUGACACGUCCUGGUGGAGUGUGGCGCUGUUCUCCAUUUUACUUUAGUUGGCGAUAAGUUUUCUUAUUAAUCUCAGAAAAAAAUUUCUUCAUCAAGGGCUAAAAACUCUGAUUUUAUCAUUUAACGCCUUUUUAUUGAAAUUUACACUCGAACAUAAACAUCAUCUCUCUGUUUGUUGUUUUUUAGCCUCCAUGCUAGCUGCAGCGGCUACGGCGGCUUCACGCCGACUCGGUGCAGCUUCUUAAAAACCGCAAAAAAUAUCUUUUUUUAUAUAUAAUUUGUUGUUUUGAAAAAAAAAAUAUUCUCCUGAAAACAGCGUUUUCACCGUGAAAACAUCUAGUCACAGGUGAGGGCGGGCGUUAGCUUCGAUUAGCCUCUGUUAGCUCAUAUGCUAAUGGCUCCGUUGCUGUGAUUUCAGGCUCACGAUCACGACUGAAGGCCGUCGGCUCCGUGUUCAAACUUUGCUCCAUUUCCGCCUCGUCUGGAAUCACAUAAACCUCCGAUAAUCCCGUUAGCUAACGAGGUUUCGCAUCGUGCAUCCCUAGCAUCGACCUCCCGCAGAUUGGUUCGUGACUGUUUAUUACAUCAUGGUUGUUACACGUAAGAAGAAGAAGAAGAAGAGUUCGCAGGAGGAAGUUCAACACAGAAAAGUGAAAAGAUCCGAGCGUUUAUCGCAGGAUUUUUUUCACGGCUGAGUAACGUUGAAUUAUUAAAGAACGUGAGCGAAGGAAAGGUGUCGUCCGACGAUGAGCGAGUUUAAAAUUACAGCACACACACACACACACACACACACACAGCUGCUCUGCGUUUUCAUCGACCUUCUGUAAAUUGAGGUCAGAGCAGAACGACGUAAAAGUUGGAAGAGUUUAAACUUUGGUUUUUGUUUUUUUUUAACGUGUCGACGGUUGUUCAGUCUCAUCCUGUAGUUUCUGUGUGUGUGUGUGUGUGUGUGUGUGUGUGUUUUAACCCUUUCUUCCAGGUGUGUGUGUGUGUGUCCAGUCCAUGACUGUGGCUCAGUGUUCACACACACACACACAUACUGGUUCCACGCACACACUCAAACCUCACCUGGUUAUUUUCAUGCCGUCACCACUGGUCUCCACUGCUGCACCGUGCUGUCCAAGCAGACCCCCCCCCCCCCUCCCCCCCCCGUGCGUGUGUGUGUUUAAAAUGAAUACACGUUUUUUUCUGAUUGUACCUGUCUGAUCACUUUGCAGGUGUGUGUGUGCGUGAGUGUGUGUGUGUGUGUGUGUGUGUGUGUGUGUGCGGAGCUGCAGUGUGUAAGUAGGACAGUGCUGACUGAUGCUGCUACCUGAAUAAAAGCAAACAUUCUACUGUU